GAUGGGGAAAACCGGAAAAGUAAUCAAACCCGAAAUCCGCGUCUGACCAAAAACACCGAACCGAUUUAUAAACAUAACUGAACGGAUCCUGUUAGGCGAUAUUUUGUUUAUCACAUAUAUUCAAAUUCCACCCAAACGAAUACAUGAAAGCCUCUAUGAACAUAAUCCAAAAAUCUCGAACCAGUUUUUUUUAUUAAAAAAAACAAAAACCGGAAAAAAUAAAAUAUCCGGAAAAAUUCAAACCCGAAAAUGAAAGAACAUUAAAUCUGUUAAUUAAACCCGACCUGAUUUUUAAAAUUUUCCAAAUAGGACUUAAACUUAGGCGGUCGAAAACUCAAAACCCUCUGAAUCAACCCAACCCUUAUAAAUAUAAUCACAGAAAAUUCAGUACCGUCUAUUUCUUUUUCUUGCAUGCAUGCAAAAUACAGUAUUAAGUAUUCCAAUAACGUUUGAAUACGAUUUUAUAAUUAUGUUUCAUAAGUAUUUGUUUUGUAUCAUAAUAUGUAUUUUCGUACGUUAAUAUCAUAAUAUGUAUGUUAUACAAUUAUACCUGUAUAUAAAAGCUACUUAAUACAGCUUUAACAGUUUCCACAAGUUAUAUACAGGUAUAAGUAUAACCUAUGCUACUAUAUAUAUAUGUGUAAGUACCAAACCCUUCAUCUUUCACAUUUACACUUCUUCUUUCUCUCAAAAAUGAUGUUCUCAAGCGCCAAACCCUUAAUCUUUCUCAUGAUCUUCACAAGUUGCUUGGCUUUGGCGGUUGAUGAAUUUCCUUCAUGGAUCGAGAAGAAUUUCCUCCAAACUUCCAAGGUACUCAAGAUGAACGCCAACCUUGUCGUGGCAAAAGAUGGUUCUGGUGACUAUGUGACCGUAAAGGAGGCGGUUGGAGCUGCUCCGGAGAAUAGCCCCACGCGAUUUAUCAUCUACAUCAAACAAGGGGUUUACUCGGAGAUUGUUGAGAUUGGGAGUUCAAAAACAAACAUCACCUUUGUUGGAGAUGGCCAGGAUUCGACCAUACUCACUGGGAGCCUUAACAAGAAAGACGGUGUUAAAACAUACUCCUCUGCCACACUUGCCGUUAAUGGAGACGGAUUUGUGGCUCAAGAUCUCUGCUUUCAGAACACUGCGGGCCCCUCAAAGUCUCAGGCCGUAGCACUACGUGUGAGUGCUGAAAGAGCCGUCAUAUAUCGCUGCCGCAUCGACGGUUAUCAAGACACUCUCUACGCUUUUAGUGGAAGCCAGUUAUACCGCGAGAGCUACAUCACCGGAACAGUUGACUUUAUAUUCGGGCAUGCAUCGGCUGUGUUUCAGUACUGUCAAAUAGUGGCACGAAAGCCUAAUCACGGACAGAGCAAUAUGGUGACGGCUCAGAACCGCGACAACUCAGGCGAAAACUCAGCAUUUACAUUACAGCGGUGCAACAUAACCGCAAGUGCGGAUCUUUCUCCGAUCAAGUCAACAGUGAAGACAUAUCUUGGUCGUCCUUGGGGUGUUAGGUCAACUGUAGUCGUUAUGGAGUCAUUUAUUGAUGAUCAUAUCGACCCUGCCGGUUGGUAUCCAUGGGACAUCGGCAAAGAACCUUCACCUUCUAUAUACUAUGGGGAGUUUGCUAAUUAUGGCCCUGGAGCAAACACAAGUGAACGUGUCGCAUGGAAAGGAUUUAGGGCAAUACAAGAUCCAAAGGAAGCUGAACGGUUUACAGUUGGUCAACUGAUACAUGGGGAGUUGUGGCUGAAUACUACUGGAGUUCCGUAUGAAACCGGUCUCUGAUCACUUUAUAGUAUAAGGAUAUAUGCUUAUAAUAUGCUUACUUUAAUUGUUUACAAUAUAAGCUUAGUUGUGGCUGAAUUCUACUGGAGUUGUGGUUAUUCGUACUUUAAUUGAUGACUUAUUAGGUUAUUAUUUAAAUAUAAAUGACUUGGUGGUUGAUAUAUAACAGGAUAUCAUCGUUCGUGUUGUUUGUUUGAUCGAGUACAUGUUUGUCAAAGCAUAACUAAUGUUGUGGUAAGAAAACUUGGACUCAAGCCAUAUAAAUACUUAGUUGUAAAGUAAUCUGUAAACAGAAUGUGACCAACCAAUGUUGUCAAAGCAUAACUAAUGUUGUGGUAAGAAAACUUGGACUCAAGCCAUAUAAAUAGUACUUAGUUGGAAACUGAAGAAACCAAAUGACCAUCAGAGAUUCAGAGAAAAGGGAGAAAAUCAGAGAUGUAUCUUUAGUACAGAUACAAUAACUAAGUAAGAAUCAUUUCCUUACAAAUGUGUCUUACAAGAACAUAAUGAAACGUAAGUAUAAGUGGAAGUAACAAAUAUCACACAUCUUGAAAUGAAGCAAAGGAUGAGAACACAUCAAAGAUAAAUUAGCAAAGGAUGAGAUCACAUCUUGGUCUAAAUAUGCUAGAGAGAAAUGAUGGCCUUAGCCAAUUAAACUAAAAAUAAUACAUUCUCACGUGAAACUCCUUGACAUGUAUCUAAAGUGACUCAGGCCCUGUUCUUUUUGGAGACGCGGAGUCAGCUUCAAGCGGCAAUAAAAUAUAAAAGGAUUUUAGAUGCCAAGUCAGCAAGAAGUUACGAUAGAGAUUUAAAAGACAAGGAUUUAUGACGCGAUCCACAGGUCAGCACAUGUAUUGGAGCAGCUAAUAUUCACGGCGACGAUGAAAACACUGAAAAUCAGCAGCUGAGAGUCGCCGGCGGCAACUUCAUAAUGACGCUGCAAUUAAAUUUCUCUGUUUUGUUUGUAUUUUUUGGUCGCUUAACGCCGCGUCAGCGUUAGAGAAACGAACAGAGCUUCAAUCAACCUUGCAGGCAGGUCAAAUUCGGAGUUUGCAACAAACGACGCCGUCCAAGCAACAGAUUCAUCUUCAAUAUUAGAGAACAAGCAACAGAGAGAGAGAGAGGCAUUAUUAAUUCAUCAGAAAACUUGACCCAAUACAACAAUCAUUUACACUAUCCUUCUUAUGACCCUAAAACCCAUAAUCAAAAUGAAACAACACGACUUAAAGUGGCUACUCCACAACCAGAAACAUAUCGCUAGAAUCCAGAAAAUCGUCAAAAUCAAUUCGAGAGAGAACUCACUUUCACGCCGGAAAUGUUUAUAGUCGCUAGCCUGCGGCGACGAAUCGGAGUCGGAGUGCUGCCAUCAUCGAAUCCACCAAAAGAUUCAACUCAUCUUUUAUAUACUAAAGCACAAGUCAAUUGAGUAAUCAAAAUUUGACGUGUGUAAUUUUUUUUCAAAACCUUAAAAAAAAUCAAAAUUGUUUUUAAAAAGUUAAAAUUCAACAUUAUACAAAAAAAGUCAAAUCUCUAUCACGUUGCACGUUGGUUUGAUUUUAAUGUUUAGUAACUGCAAAAAAAAUUUGUUUCAUCCCCUUUUUCUGCAAUUCAAACUACCUAAAUUUCUAUUUUUUCUCAUAAUUUUGAACCCACGUUCAGGUUUACUUUUCCAUCAUCAAACUGCCUUUUCUCAAACUGUUUUUUUCUCUAUAUAAUUUGGAAUCGUCGUCAAGCUCCGCCAUAUUACUCUUCGGGUUUCUCUAUAUUCUCAUAGUUUCAAAUAUUUUGGUUAUCAAUAUAGUAAAGAACUCCUAAAAUGUUUUACUGCAUUUCCUUUGUGUCCUUAUUCUCACAGUUUCACUUCACCAUUCUCGACUUACGUUGCGUAGUACGAGAGGCGACAUACUAAGAUAUUCAGACUGAAAAUGGCACUUAAAUAUAUUCUGGAGUCUGGUGUUUGAAGUUAUAAAAGAAGUGGAAAAAGAUUUUGGUCGAAAGUGGAAACAAAAAGUUAACAACAAAGAAGGUAACGAAGUAUUUCUCUACUUUUUCUCGAUAGGUUGUUUUUAAUAUCUGUUUUUGUGACUUAUCUUUAGAAAAUUUCUGUUACCUAUUUCAAAUGGAGAAAACAUAUUUGAAAAAAAAAAUAUUGUAGCUAUUAAUAAGGAACAAAAGAGAAUGAAAAAAGAAGAAAAUGAGUAACCAUAAAAAUAUAUAAGGGGUUUUUAGAGUUCAGAGGAUGAUGAACAUGUUAGAGAAAAAUGAUGAAGAAAAAAUUUCAAAUGUUUUUCUAUAACAUCAAAAUAUGUAUAUUUUUCAUAAUUGAUUUUUACUAUUGGGUCUCUAUGAGCUGUUAAAUAAUAAAAAAUAGGUAUACAUUUUUAAUAAUAUGUUGUCAUAAUUAUAAUGAUUUUACUGUAACAAAAAUAAGAAUUAUGGAAAAUUUAUUUAUAAAACAGAUACAAAGAAACAGAAUGAAUCAAAUAUAGUACUUUAAACUAUAUUUAUAUGUGUUGGUAUAUAUCUUAAUUUCUAAAUACAAGAAAUAUUGUUAUACCGUGACCAACUUUUUAGUUUGAAUUUUACCAAAAAAAACUUUUUAGUUUGAAUACAACUACCUCACAAGCCAUUCAUAAAUAUGUUUAUAUAGUAUUUCGUUAAAAUAAUAAUAUAUUCUGAUUAAUAAUUAUAAAAUUACUAUUUAUUAAUAAAUAAUUUUAAAUUAAAUUAUUUUGACCCAUGCAUAGCAUGGGAGUAACACUAGUUUUAGCUAAAUCGAAAGCAACGGUGGUGGGUCAGGAUAUAGUAAUUAAGACCGACCCAAACCGGUGGUUUGAACAUUGAAUUUGCUAAUUCGAAUUUUCUGAUUUGAACCGGGUCUUUUUUUAAGUUUACGCAAAAAAGGGGAAAGCAAACUUAAUUUAACCACAAAGUUUACGAAGAAUUUUGCGUGAUACUUUCCAAAUUUGUGUUAUUUUUAUUUCCCUUAACAUUAAUGUAAAUCUGCAAAUUUUCACAAGUUUCACAUUAAUUUGCCAUUUAAUUAUGGCACAUUAUCUAGUAGCAUCUACCCAACAAAGGAAAGAAAAUCUGUGAAUAUAUAUAUUUAAUUCGUUUCACCAAAAAAUGGAAAUUUUUUAAGUCGGUCGACCUUAUAUAAAUCUUCAUAAGUUGUCCCACUUUAUUCUUGACCCUAUCAAAAAAAAAGUUAGAAGAAGAAAGAUGGUUGCAUACAUCAAAAAUAACGUUUUUUUAGUUUUUAUGAUUGUUUUGCUUCGUGUUGUUUCAUCAUAUGCAAGACUUAGUAUGAUGGUUACAAAAGGUGAGAUCGAGUCCAUUUGCAAUAAAAAAGAUGUCGAUUCUACACUCUGUUUUGAGGUUCUAAAACCAAACCCUACGAUUGUAAAGUUGGAUUUUACUGGUCUCGCCAACUUUAUGAUCAAUUAUACGUCUCGAAACGUUUCGGAUGUAUUGAAGGAAAUAAAGUUGUAUGAAGGCAACACGACGGAUUUACAGACAAAUAUGCGAAGAGAUGUAUAACCUUUCUCUUAUUUGGGAUGAUCAUGCUCUGAAAGCUUUGGGAGCCAAGGAUUACGACAGCGUAAACUUUAAUGUCGGAGGUACAUUGGGCAACAUGAUUACGUGCAAUGAGGAAUUAUCAACAAUGGAGCCAGUACCACAAUCCUUGAUCGCAAAGAAUACUGUUAUAAAAAAUCUGUCUAAUAUUAUUUUAACGAUUCUGGAAUGUUUCAUAAGAAAGGGAAGCAUCUAUUGUAGUCAUUAGCCCAACUAAUGAAGUUGUUUGGUUUUUAAGUUUUUUUUUUUCAUUCAAGUUGUUUUUCUUAGCUUGUUAUGCUUUAAUCUUUAUUUAUCUACUAGGUUAAGAAUAUUAUAUAUAAAUUAUUUUCAAGUAUUAUAUAUUUUUUACAUAUUAUGAAAUAAUAAAUUUAUAUUAAAUAAUUAAAAAUUUAGUAACUAUUACGUAUAUAAUUAAAUUGGUACAAAUACUUAAAUAGAUUUUAUUAAUCCAACCAAACAUUUUUGUCUAUUUUAUAUGGCAUAACAUUAACUUUAAAUGAUAUUAACAUAGAUAUAUAGUACUUUUUUAAUAUUAACAUAUGUUAAAAAAUAUUUUAUACUCAUAUUAUUUUUGAUCAUUUGUAUUUAUUUAUAAAAAAAAUUAAAUCAAUGAUAACAGUAAAAAGAUUU